AUGAUUUUCUUUUCCUUUAAAUCCCAACUUCUCUCGCAAUUUUGCUUUCAUUUUUAUUCAUCAUUCUCAUUUUCUAAUCUCAUUCUUCUUCUUCUUCUUCUUCUUCUUCUUCUUCUUCUUCUUCUUCUUCUCUUUGCUUCAUAUUUAUUUUAUUUUCCCUUUUCUUCUUCUCUCUUUGCUUGGUCUUCAUUUUUUCUCCCUUUUUCCUUCUUCUCUCUUUCUUCUCCCUUUUCUUCUUCUCGCUUUUCUUCAUCUUCUCCCUAUGCGUCAUUUUCAUCUUCUCCAAUUUCUUUUUCUCCCUUUGCUUCAUCUUCAUCCUUUCCCUUUUCUUCUUCAUCUUUUUCUCUCUUUUCUUCGUUUUUAUUUUCUUCUUCUUCUUCUUCUUCUUCUUCUUCUUCUUCUUCUUCCUUCGUUUUCAUCUUCUCCCUUUUCUUCUUCUUCUCUCCUUGCUUCGUCUUCAUUUCCUUCUCCCUUUCUCUUUCUUUUCGCUUUGUUUCGCUUUCAUCUUCUUCCUUUUAUUCUUCUUCUCUCUUUGCUUCGUCUUCAUCUUCUCCCUUUUCUUCUUCUUUUUCUUCUUCUUCUUUUUCUUCUUCUUCUUCUUCUACAUCCUUUUCUCCCUUUUCUUCUUCCUCCUCGCUCGCUUCCCCAUGA